GCGGUCCCGGCCGCCGGGGCCGUCCUUGGGGCAGCGGGGCGGGCGAUGAGCCGGGGCCGCCGGUCGGGCAGCCGGAGCGCCGCCGGACAGAUGAGCCCGCGGGCAGCGCCGCCCCCGCGCUGAGCCGGGAGCCGCCGCGGCGCCCAUGGAGAAGGCGGGGUCGCUGCACGGCUCGCUGCCCGCGCCGCGGCUCUACCUGCCGCGCAACUUCAGCUGCGGCGCCUGCCUCUACGGCAGCUCGGCCGAGCCCUGCAAGGGCGGCCGCGACGGCGACGCCUCCCCGGCGGCCGUGCGGGACGCGGCGGGCGAGCGGCCGCCCCCUGCCCGCGGUCGGGAGCCCUCGGUGCCCGGCGCGCCCCGCAGCCCCGCGCAGCGCCGCCGCGCCAAGUCGCUGCCCACGCCCGGCGACCGCAGCCUCCGCCCCGCGCCGCCGCACAGCCCGGCCCGCCGCAAGACCGUGCGCUUCGCCGACUCGCUCGGCUUGGAGCUCGCCUCCGUGCGGCACUUCUGCGAGGCCGAUCUCCCGCGGGUGCCGCCGCUCUUCGAGGCGCGGAAGGAGCCGGAGCGCGCGCUGCCCCCUCUGCCGCCGCCGCCGUUCCCCCCGUUGCAGCCCCCGUUGCAGCCCUCGCUGCCGCCGCCGCCGUUCCCACCGCUGCAGCCGCCGCUGGAGCCGCUGUUCCCACCGCGCCCCGGCUCCAUGCCCGGCUUCCUGGAGCGCGUCCGGCAGCACAAGGUGAAGCUGGAGUGGGUUCGCUCCGAGCCCGCGGGGCUGCGCGGAGCCGUGCGCGUCCUCAACGUCGCCUACGAGAAGGCGGUGUCGGUGCGCUACACGCUGGACGCCUGGGGCAGCUGCGCCGAGCUGCCCGCCGCGUACCACCCCCCCGCGCCCGCCGGCGGCGACACCGACCGCUUCGCCUUCCUCCUGCCGCUCCCCGCCGCCGCCGCCGCCCUCGAGUUCGCCGUCCGCUACCGCGUGGCCGGCGACGAGUACUGGGACAACAACGGCGGCGACAACUACCGGCUGCGGGGGCGGCAGCGGCCCCCGCCCGUCCCGCCGCAGGACCUCGACAGCACCGCCUGGAUACACUUCAUAUGAGGAGGGGGUGCGCCCGCGGGGAGAGACGGCAUCCCCGGGGGAGAACCGGCAUCCCGGGAGAACCGCUGCGUGCUAGGGGAGAGCCGGCAUCCCGGGGAAACACAGCAUCCUAGGGGAGAGCCGGCAUCCCGGGAGAACCGCGGUACCCCGGGGGGAGAACCGGCAUCCCAAGAGAACCGCCGCAUCGCGGGGAAACACAGCAUCCUUGGGGAGAGCCGCCAUCCCGAGAGAACCGCUGCAUCCUAGGGGAGACCCGGCAUCCCGGGAGAACCGCUGCAUCCUAGGGGAGACCUGGCAUCCCGGGAGAACCGCUGCAUCCUAGGGGAGACCUGGCAUCUCGGGAGAACGGCGGCAUCCCGGGGGAGCGCCGGCGUCCUAAGGGAGAACCGCUGCAUCCUAGGAGAGACCCGGCAUCCCGGGAGAACCGCUGCGUCCCGUGGAAGCCGCUACAUCCUAGGGGAGACCCGGCAUCCCGGAGGAUUCCCCGUGCCAGCCCGGAACCGCUGCAGUAGGGAGAAGCGGCAUCCUGGGGGAGCCCCGCCUCCUCCCGGAGCCGCGGGAGUCGCUUCCAUCCGCUCCUCUGUGAGUUUUCAUAGGUGUUUUCAUAGAAUUAAAGAACGGGUUGGGUUGGAAGGGACCUCAAAGCCCAUCCAGUUCCACCCGCUGCCACGGGCAGGGACACCUCCCACUGGAUGAGGGGCUCCGAGCCCCAUCCAUGGCCUUGGACACCCCCAGGGAUGGGGCGGCCACCACUGCUCUGGGCAGCAGAACUUUUCCCGAGUUCUGUUUGCAGUAUUUCCUGAUCAGGACCAGGAUCCACAGGCGCAGGUCCCGAGUGCCGGAGGUUGGGAUCAGCUGCUGUCACCUCUGCGGGGUCAGUCAGGCUCUGGAGAGACGGAGGGCAGUGUCCGAGGGCAUUCAUCCGGCCAUCCUGCUUGGCUAAUCCUGCUCAAGAAAAGCCCAGCUCCGGAGUGGUGCUGGAUCCGUGAUCGGAGCCUGGCUGACCCGCUCGUGUCCGUCGUCCAGCGGGGUUAGGGGUCAUCUAGCAGCUUGGAACCCUGUGAGGCCCGAGUACGGAUGCCCCACGUGUAGCCGUGUGCCGUCACGCUGUGAAAAUGACUGAUCAGCUUAAAGUUAUAUAUUUUUUUUUACUUUUGCCCUCUGUCGGAUGUGUUUAAUUAUAUUUAGAAGGAAAAAAUAGCAUCACAUAUUAAUUGCCAUGCAGCCCACUGGGAGGUUGUAUAAAGCGAGUGUUUUGGUGUAAAAUCCACGUGGCGUGUUGCUGGAAAGGUUUGUCGGCAUCUGAUGUUUGUUUCCAUAGGAUUGGUCCCAUAAAGCUACUCGUGUUCAGGUCAGCGUGAAAGUCGUGGGAUUGGGCUGAAGGAACUAGGGAUGGCAAGAGCCGAAGCCGUAAUUUUAGUCUGCAUCCCAAGCAACGCUUCCAUUUUUAUUUCUGUUAACAUUGUAAUUACAUUUCCUGUGCUGAGGUAUCAGUGCACAAACUUGCUUUUUGGGAAAAAAAAAAUAAAGCUCCACAUUUUCAUAAUGCUUUCAGUAAGAGGCAGAUUUCACAAAGCUGAAUUUAGAUAAAUUUAGUCUGAGAAACUGAGGAAAGCCGUAUCUUGCUGUAUAGAGUGGAUCAAUACGAAUCACAGAGCAUGCUCACUUCUGCCUUCAGAGGUGUGUUUGAAAUUAUAAUGGCAGUAAAUGUAGUAUUUUCCUUUUUAAACUUACUUUUUCUGGAGUUCAGCAGAAUGCAGGUUGUGCUGGUGCCAAAUCUAGGUGCUAAUUUUCCAGGAUUUAGGCAUGCGUGAGUUUGCAGGAGACGGACCUCUACAAAUACGACUUCUGAGAGUGGUAAAACUGAUGUCAGCGUGAUCUUCUGAUUACGAAGGGCUCUCAGAUCGGGCCUUUCAUGUUUAGGAUCUUCUGUAGAUUGUUUGGGAAGGAAAAGUGGUUUUUAACUGCAUUUUUGUAUUCCUUAAAAGGAUUAAGUGUCCCAAAUAGCUUGAGUAAUGUCAAGUUCUCACCGAACUUUUUGAGUUUGGUGGGAACUGAGAGCACUUUUGUCUCCCGAGGAUCUGGUUCAGUCAGAGUAACUACAUUUAUAAAUUCUGGGGGAAAAAAAGGAUCCGGAAACUUGAUAGGAAAAGAACAUUUAAUUAAAUUUCUUUAGACCACUGCAUCCGAUUGAAUAGAGGUGAUAGCCAGAGUAGCCUUUCUGUAGCACUGGUAACUUGGUUUUAAUUUCCCAGUCAGUUUUCUAAUCCCAGUGUUUUUAAUAGAAACAGAAUAUACAAUAAAUGUACUGUCGGUAUUUCACAUUUUAGAAUAUUAACGCCCCAACCUUGUCAUAAAGUAAUCCUGUAUAUUGCUAGUACACAUUUAUAAAGCUAGAACUGCAGAACUAGCGUCUUAUACUGUUCAUGAUUAAAGCAUAUUAAGUGGUGUAUUUGAUAAAGAAAGCCCAAGUGUCUUUUAGGUAAACUCAUUGUUUUUAGAAGAGCCUUAAUACUGGAGAGAAGGAAAAGGACUUGUCUCCAUUUGAAAGCACUUUGGUGGAAUUAUAGCCAAACAUCUUUCUCUUUAUGUGUGGUAGCUUUCCAAGAUGGUUUUUGCUUGGCCUUUUUUACCCAAAUAGUGAACCGACAACUGUUUAACGUAGACCGAUGAAAACGCUUGGAGGAAGAAAUAGUUCCUAUGCAUUUUAGAGCAACUGAUGCUGCAACUUUGCAUAUAAAUAUUUAACAAGAUUCCCUGUUUACUGUUCUAAUGGCUUUAGAAACAUUGAAAGGUGCUAAAACCAUUUUUAACAGUGAAUAACUCUAAUUCUGGAACUUCAAAACCGUUUUCCAGCAAAUGGCAGUCUUCGUUGUCAUUUGAUUUAUGCAGCAUCUACAGGUGUCUCAUUGUUAAGAAAUCUGCCUAUAGCAGCUGUGGCUUAAACUCCUUACGUUUGGAAUACUUGAAUGGAUGUACGUGCACCGAGUACACUAUCAAGUUGUUGCGUUAUCUUUUUCUUUAUCGCGACUAAGGUGAAAUUACUGAUUGCUCUUGGUUGUAAUUUUGUAGGCAGGAUUAUGCUUCAGGUUUAUAAUACUGUUCAGAUUUUAUUGUUUUAUGGCCUCCUUUGUCAGACACCCAUCUGAAUAUUGAACCUUCUGAGGAUGCACAGUACCAGAAGAAUGCUUUGCGCAACAGUCUCUUGAGCUUUCAAGCAGUUAAGCCUGUCCUCAGCACUAAAUUUCAUGGGUGUCUUUAUGGGCUCGAAGUUGACGACAGAUUAUCGAUGAUAUAUGUGCAGGUCCAGUAAAAGACGUGGUCUUCUAGAAGCAUUUAUAAAUCACGCUUUUUAAAGCCUGGGGAGGUAAGGCUGUGCGCAGGCAUCUUGAACGAGGGGAUGCUCUUGAGGAAGUCUGUGGAAGAAGUCUGAGGUGUCUUAAUAGAGAUAUCUCAGUGGUAAAUGCCAAAGCUGCGCUGCUUUGAUGAGACACUUUCACUUCUAUCACAUUUCUUUAUUUCCGAGCAAGAUUUAUUCAGAUUUCCAAAACCACAUUCAGUUGCAAUGACCACAUGUGUUUUUAUGACUGGUAGUGAUGGCGUACGGUUUCCAGUCCUUUAGAUUUCAGUCUGAUGCGAUCUGUGUGUAGUUUGCUAGAACCACUGUCAUAAAGGGAGGUGAAAUCAAAAUCCCAAAUAAUAAUUGCAUCAAUGAUGGCUUUGAGGAGAAAAACCUCUGUUGAAGAGGAUACAUUUCAACUUGGUGGGACAUCAAUCAUUUUAAUGGGAGCAGGAGCAAAGCAACUUUUUAAAAUCAUAUUUCUAAAGAAUAUAGUUCCACAAAAUGAACUUUCACAGGCGAAGUGAAGCAUUUGAAAUUUUCAAGCCAAGCUUUUUCUGGAAAAAAUGUCAGCUCUCUGUACUUUUAUUUGCAUGAGUAGAGCCCAUCUCGCCUUCCUUUCUAAGUGAUACUAGGAUGGUUUAGGCAAGGUAAUAAUUCUUAGGCUGUGUACUUCACUUUUAUGUGAAUUAUUCAUUGCUUAUGUCUCUGCAGAUGUACAAAUAUCUGCCAUUUGUUGUGCAAAGUUGUAGCUUUAUGGAAUGUGCCAUGUUAUUUUAUGUGCAAUAUAAUGAUACUUCGUACAGCGAGUCAGAUUGUACUGUAUGUCUGUUCAAGUGGUAGAUUUUUGCAUGCGAUUACGCCUUUCAUGGCAAUACUUUUGAAAUCUACCCUAAUUAUUAGAAAUCCUAUCAGGAAUUAGAACAAUUAAGUGACUGUAAAUGGAAUUUCAGCUAGCUAAACUAUUACUGCUUAUUAGCAUAAAAGCAGUAACUGAAACUGUCGUAUUCAUUUUCAAUAGCUGUACAUUAUUUCAGGUAAAUUAACUUUUUUUUGGUCCCUAUACCAUUUGCAAGUAGCUUUUUGAUGUGAAUGCGAGCGUCUCAGCAUCUCGGUUAACAAUGGAAUAAGUGCACACUCUUUGUUUCAGUGCAUGUGAGGGGAAAAUUUAUCACUUAAAUGAACAAAUGUCUGUUCAUGCAUAAGCACGAUCUCUUUAUGGAUACAUGAAGUGUUUUUCCAUAGCGCCAACAGGCAAACAGCUGCUAAUUCCGUAUUUUAAUGCAAAGUAACCUACAGAAAUACUCAGAAUCUGCUUUUGAACGCAUUAUUAAAUAUAUAUAUUGAAUUUUUUAUGUGCCUUUCAACAUUUCCUAGGAAGAAAUCUCUUGUUUCUUUGGUCUCUCACUAAAAGCCUGGUAAUGGCUUUGUCAUUAAAAUGAAAUUUUUACCGAGAAUUUAAUUAAUCAAUUCUAGCUCCUGAUACAUUUUCAGCUGUGCCUGAAAUCCCGUAUCUGUAGCAGCCAGAAUUUAAUAUUUUCCCAUACUACAGUGAAAGAAAUGGCAGUCAGAAAGACGUCUUCCUGAUACACCUCUACUGUUAUGUAGUUAAGUAAAAACAACUGUGACUAUAGUUACUAUAACAAAAUAUAUUUAUUGUAUAUAUUCACCUCUUGCACAGAUAUUCUAAAUAUACAUUCUAUCUGAAACCAGAAGUUCUAGUUUUUUAUGAAGUCUGUUCAUGGAGACGUGGUCUUUUCAGCUUUAACUGUUAUUUAUCUGAUACUGCAUAAUGCAUAUCAUUAAAACUUUUGAAUGUGUUUAAUCUGUCUGCACAGUUUGUAUCAUGAUAUUGAAGUGCUUACUGGAAGGGAGAGCUGAAGAAAAUGACUUUUUCCUUCCAAUUAUACUGCAUGGCUUUUUGGCAAAUCAUCGGUAAUUCUGUUUCCUGGAUGCGCUUCAUGUGUCUGUGUUCUAAAUACGUGAAAGAAUUACUUGCUGAAAUGAAAAUAUUUCUGAGCACUGAAAUGAAGGAUUUUCAGAAAUAUAGGUAGUUUAAGGUUGAAAGUAAAUAUAGUCCAUUUGCUGUAAAAUGAAGGCCCCCAGCCUUAUCUAGAGCCGAUCAAUUUAUUUCAUUUUUUUUUUUUAAUGAAAGAUAGUGAUGUUUUACAAAAUGAAACACAUGCAGGGAAACUGAACUGCUUCGGUAGGAAGUUUUCUCAGGUUCAGCUUCUAUGAGAUAAUUGCCCUAAAAUAAUGAAGUGGUAAGAGCACUUCUUUAAAUCAGUGUACAGAUUGGGAUAUGGGUCUUCCUUGAACAAAGCGACUACUGAGCUGUAAACCGGUGGCUGUUGGUUGGACUCUAUCCAACCUGUAAAUUCAACAUUUAAAUUAUUUUACAGAGAGGAUUUUUGACCCUAUCAAGUGCGAAUAUCCUCUUCGUGCUGCUAUCCUGGCUUUACUUUGACCUUUCUGUGGUUGAGAAAGGUCCGAUUUAAUUUUUAUGCAACAUAGGAAGAUGAUUUUGCAUUGUGCUUGUUUGGGUGGGGAGGCAGAAAAACUGUUUUCCUAUCAGUUUUAGGUUUUUUUAAUAGUAAAUAAUAGCAUGCAGAAUAAAACUGUGCUUGAAACAACACAUGCACUAGUGAUUCCAAAGAAUAUAGCUAAGAAAAAAGUCCAGUGUGAGAUGUGCUUCUUAAAAAACAUCUGUACUUUGAUUUAGUAAGGCAGGGAGAAAGUCCCAGUCUCCAGUGAAAUGUAUUAAUACCAGGGAUUUCUUUCUAUGCAAUAUUAUGGUGCAUCUGGGUUUUUUUAGGGAUUAACUUGAUUGGUAUUGUUGAUAUGUUGGUGUGUUGUGUAUAGAAUAUUCCAUCAAGAGUGUUAUUAGGGAAACUGUGUGUCUUAAAUAGAGUUAUAUCUUUUAGGCUCUUUUUUGUCUGAUCUGGCUUCACUUAAUCACAGACUCCUUUGAAUAAUGGUAAAAAGACAAUAUUUCAUUGAAUUGCCUAAGGAAGUCUCACACGUUAUACUUUACUCUCUGUCACUUCUAGGACAAAAAAGUUAUGUUACUGUUGUAAGCGUUAAAAUUUUUGUAUUUCUGUAUCUUUAAGAAAAAGCCAAAUUGUAUUAUACUUUUAAACUCAAAGAGUUAAUAUAUAUAUGUUUUUAAAGCUGAUCAAAAGUAGUAAAACUGAAAUUGGUUGGGAUUAUUCUUAAGUCCAGUUCUAAACUGGUAUAAUGAGCGUUUAUGCAUCCUGUACCUGGCUUCAGGGAGGGGCGCCCUGACGUGAAAUUCAUGCAUUUUAAGGUUGGUACCAAAUGAGCUCUACCUGAGUGCAACACCUGCCUACAGCUGGACAUGAAUCCACGUUGUACUGCAGGAAAAUUGACUGCUGUGACAGAAAAUUACUGUGCUUGGAACGGUUUAAACAAACCUCACUCCUCCCUUAGUGUUACACAAAUCAUUUCUGUCUGUAAUGAGGAUGCCGUCUGUUAAAGACGGUGGUCUUUAACGUGCAAGUUUUUAUUACUGUUUCUUUUAUUUAUCUUGACUCUGUUUUAAAAAAAAAAAAAGAAAGAAAAAGUUGUUUCUUAACUAUGUACUUAACCACUAAAUUACUUUUGGUUGUAGUUUCUUCUGCACUGUUUAUAUUUCACCAAGUAAUGUUUGUUUCUAAUGUCUGUAAAAGUAAUGUAAUAUCACCAAAAUUUCAAAAUCACUGUUUUCUAAUAAUGCCUUGGAAUUUACCUAGCCUUACUGUAAUUCUGACGAUUUUCCACCAAAACUGCAUCUAGUCACUGGUUGUCACAAAUACGAAAAAUAUAUAUUUAUAAACCUGUCGCUUCUAGUUGUCAUUAAAGAUUAAUGAUAUAAAUUGUGAGCACACGAUGAAUAUAAACCUCUUUUUUUUUAACUGAUGAACCACGAGGUUUUUGUGAUGAGGUCUGGGGACAGUUACGUUCCGCUUCAUCCGUGGCGCAUCUGUGAUUUACCCGAAUAUCUGAAAAAUCUAAUGUCUGGGACAGAUUUUCCAGGCAAGUUGUCUUCAGGCAGACUCUGUUAGGAGUGUUCCCCAUGGAAGCUGCGGAGAUCCGGGCAUGGUAGGUUGUAAUCUGGCCUUUGGAAGGGUAGCUGUCUUUCAAGAAGAUAGGGUGAGAUUAUCAUUUGGUGUAAAUGUACGCAGGUGUCUUUAAUGUCUUGUGUCAGUAACACCGUUUGGAACAUAGUCUAACAGCCUGCGGCUGGGGAAGGGCUGCCUGAACUUCAGCUCUUGGUGGCUUUACUCUUCCCGGCUUUGCAUCGUUAUGGUCACUGGUAACAGCCGAACCCUCGAGUGCGAGUCAGCAUUUAUCUGCCCAAAGCCUGGGCCACGUGCUAGAAAGUACAGAAACACCGGCCUUUCAGGAGACAC